CUGAUUUAACCGAAUUCGUAGCUCCAAUAAUAACAGAUUUAAAAUUGGGUAUUUUUUUAAGAGCUAUUAUUUAUUAAAAUGCUUGAUAAAGUUCAAUUCUUUUUUCAUAAUUUAGGUGACAAUUUCGAAACGGUGGCCUCGUCUUCCGACGCGGUGGAUCGCGUGGCUGGCGCCUCGUUCGCCUUCUACGAGAACACGUACUUCCUGAAAGAGGCCGUCGUCAAGAGACAGUUGCGCUUUCAGAUUAACAAGAAAAACGCGACAUCGAAUAACACUCAGGAGGCGAGGGAUAUAGCGAGCAAAGAUCGCAGCUUGCACAUUAUGAACUACUGCAUAAUCAAUAUGCCAGUGUCGAUUGGUCUUCAGAAAAACUCUCCAAUAAAACCACGUGUAGACAAACUAAUAAGGAGAGUGCUCGAAGCAGGACUGAUCAAGAAGUGGCUGGACGAUGUGAUGCAGAGGGUGCUAAACGCCAAUUUAGAUCUCGAUAAUACGCCCUCGAAAGCUAUAAUGAGCAUGAAAAAGUUGUACGAAGCUCUGGUGGCCCUUUUUAUCGGGUAUUUUAUAGGUCUAGUUGGUUUUAUUGUAGAGAUUUUGUAUUUUAAGUACAAGGUGAAGAGACAUCCCAGCUAUAACAAGUAUUCGAGAAGUGUGAAGGAGGUUAAAAAGGCAGACUAAUGUUACAGAAAUUGUAGUUUCAAUUUUAAUAAAAAAUGUUUAUUUUUAAUUUUUUUU